UUCGUUACCCUAACGACCAGGAGACGCUGCACCCUCCGGAGCUGCGAGGAGAGAGAGCCUAGUGUCUGGAGAUGGAAAACCAAAUUUCACCCGAGGCCGAGGUAGCCGAGUUGGAGCUCGAGGCCGUGAUCGGCUUCAAUGGACAUGUGCCGACCGGUCUCAAGUGUCAUCCUGACCAGGAGCACCUCAUUUAUCCUCUGGGUUGCACACUCCUCAUUCAGGCACUGAACACUCACGAGCAGAAUUUCCUACACGGCCACAAUAACAACGUCUCCUGUCUGGCCAUCUCCAAGAGCGGAGAUUACAUUGCCUCUGGACAAGUCACAUUCAUGGGGUUCAAGGCAGAUAUCAUUUUGUGGGAUUAUAAGAAAAGGGAGCUGAUUGCUCGGCUGUCACUUCACAAGGGCAAAAUCGAAGCUCUGGCCUUUUCACCAAAUGAUUUGUACUUGGUAUCGCUAGGAGGCCCAGAUGAUGGAAGCGUGGUGGUCUGGAGUAUAGCCAAAAGAGAAGCCAUCUGCGGCAGCCCAGCGGCUGGCGCCCUCAAUGUCGGAAAUCCCCCCGCCAUUGUUUUCUCCAGGUGCCGGGAUGAGAUGUUCGUGACGGCUGGGAACGGGACAAUUCGAGUGUGGGAAUUGGACCUCCCAAAUAGAAAAAUCUGGCCGACUGAGUGCCAGACGGGACAAAUGAAAAGAAUAGUCAUGGGCAUUGCAAUGGCUAACGAUGAUAGCUUUUUCUACCUUGGCACCACAACUGGAGACAUUCUAAAACUGAACCCCAAGUCUAAACUGCUGGUAGACACAGGGCCUGCAAAGGACAAGUUCAGUUUGGGAGUGACGGCCAUCAGGUGCCUGAAGAUGGGGGAUAUGUUGUUGGGCUCUGGAGCUGGAUUGCUGGUCUUCUGUAAAAGCCCCAGCUACAAAACCAUCAAGAAAAUUCAGUUACAAGGGGGCAUCACUUCUAUCACGCUUCGAGGAGAAGGACACCAGUUUUUUGUAGGAACCGAAGAAUCACACAUUUAUCGUGUCAACUUCACAGAUUUCAAAGAGACCCUCAUCACAACUUGUCACUUUGAAGCAGUGGAGGACAUCGUCUUUCCAUUUGGCACUUCUGAGCUCUUCGCCACCUGCGCCAAGAAGGACAUCAGGGUGUGGCACACACUGUCCAACAGGGAGCUGCUGCGGAUCACCGUGCCCAACAUGACCUGCCACGGCAUCGACUUCAUGCGCGACGGGAAGAGCAUCAUUUCAGCGUGGGGUGACGGUAGAAUCCGAGCCUUCGCCCCGGAGACCGGCCGCCUGAUGUACGUCAUUAACAGCGCUCACAGGAUCGGCGUGACGGCCAUCGCCACCACCAGCGACUGUAAAAGGAUCAUCAGUGGCGGCGGGGAAGGGGAGGUGAGGGUGUGGCAGAUCGGCUGCCAGACCCAGAAGCUGGAGGAGGCCCUGAAGGAGCACAAGUCUUCCGUGUCCUGCAUCAGGGUGAAGAGGAACAAUGAGGAGUGCGUCACAGCCAGCACCGAUGGGACCUGCAUCAUCUGGGACCUCGUGCGUCUUAGGAGGAACCAGAUGAUCCUGGCCAAUACCUUGUUCCAGUGUGUGUGCUAUCACCCCGAAGAGUUCCAGAUCAUCACCAGCGGGACAGACAGGAAGAUUGCUUACUGGGAGAUAUUUGACGGGUCAGUGAUCAGAGAGUUGGAAGGUUCCUUGUCUGGGUCAGUAAAUGGUAUGGACAUCACGCAGGAAGGAGUGCACUUUGUCACAGGUGGAAAUGACCAUCUGGUCAAAGUUUGGGAUUAUAAUGAGGGUGAAGUGACUCAUGUCGGGGUGGGACACAGCGGCAAUAUCACACGCAUCCGGAUCAGUCCAGGGAAUCAGUACAUUGUCAGCGUGAGCGCCGAUGGAGCCAUUUUGCGAUGGAAAUACCCGUUUGCCUCAUGAAGCAACUCGAGCUUUCUCGAGUCAUGGCACCACUCAGAGUCCUGUGGAAGACCGAGUUUAGAAAACACCAACAUUUUUCUUGAUUUCUCACAUCUCUGUUUUUGUUCCGUAGUCAAAAUAUUUUAUCUCUGUGUGUCUCCUCU